ACCAACCUCAUGGCCUCGUAUAGCAGAGGCGGGAGAAAGGGGCCGUUUGCCGGCUACCACGUCCUGAUCAAACCUGGCGGCCGAAGCUUCUUUGCAGCGGGCCGGUGGCAGCCGGAAAAGGAAGAUCUCGCUUCCAUUCGCCAGCAUAUCCUCGAGAAUACCGAUCAAGCACAAGCUCUGCGCCAAGCAGUGGAAGAACCCAGCUUCGUCAAGUGGUUUGGUCCGCCUAAACUCAACGCUGACUCUCAAACCAAAGCCAAAGCCAAAGCCAAAGCCACAGCCAAAGCCAAGCCCGACCAACAACGAUGCAAUCUCUGGGGAGGCGAUGACGAGCUCAAAGUGGCACCCAAGAUCGCGGGUGUGGACAAGACACAUCGCGACAUCCACUGGCUCAAGCUGCGCAGCUUCUGCGUGAUUCACACUUUCACCGACGAGGAAGUUCUCAGCAAGCAGUUUCGAAAACGCCUCGUCGAGGCCGCCAAAGUGUCCGAACCACUGGUCACCAUACUCAACUCGAUAACCUCGCCGGAUCCACCGUCCCCACCAGCUUCCGACGGAGAGCAAGCUUCGCAAGACGAGGAAAACGCCGAAGAAAGCGCCGCAGAAAGCGUCGAAGAAGACGACGACUAG